AUGGCAGAUCCGCCUGCACGGUCCCCGACGACGAAUUUUUACAGCAUUCUUGGAAUCUCUAAAUCAGCAUCCCUUGCAGAUAUUGGAAAAGCAUACAGAUCUUUAGUUAUGAAAUGGCAUCCAGACAGAAACACAUCUAAUAGAGCUGAAGCUGAAGCCCGAUUCACCACCAUCAAUGAGGCCUAUAGGGUUCUAAGUACGAGAAAGAGGGAGGAAGCGGAUGCAUCAAAUCACGGUGACCACAAAUCAACAGAAAACUCGUAUCAUCAUCGGCGAAAAGAUACAGGUGCCAAUGAUGAACUCAUAAUUUCCAGUCCCACGCUUCUUUCUUGUACAAGCAAUCGCAUCACCCCUACUGGGACACCUAGAACAUUUUCAGAUGGUUCAAGCCACGGGGGAAGCAUUGGUAUCCCGACACCUAAAGAAUUACAGAGUUACUUGAGAAGUUCGAGCGGGCGGGAGACCCCACCAAGCCCAACCUCCCCAGACGAACCACCUGUUUCUUUAUCACGGGCAACAAGCAAAAGAACGCCCACCCCGAUAAUUUUCUCGCGGACUACUGCUCGGAGGAAAGCACAGCCCAUUGAGAAAAAGCUAGAAUGCACUCUUGAGGAGCUGUGCCACGGAUCAGUAAAGAAAGUCAAAAUUACAAGGGAUGUGAUCUCAAAUGAAGGGAUGAUUGUUCAAGAAGAGGAGACUCUGAAGAUCAAAAUCAACCCCGGAUGGAAGAAAGGAACAAAGAUCACAUUCGAAGGGAAGGGGGAUGAGAAACCAGGGUUGCAUCCAGCAGACAUAAUUUUCAUCAUUGAUGAAAAAAGACAUCCUGUUUUUAAGAGAGAAGGUGACGACUUGGAGCUUGGGGUUGAGAUUCCUUUGGUACAGGCUUUAACAGGAUGUAAAAUUUCUGUUCCUUUAUUAGGAGGGGACAAAAUGAAGAUAUCAGUCGAUGAUAUCAUUUUCCCAGGCUAUGAAAAACGCAUUCCUGAGCAAGGCAUGCCAGUAUCUAAAGAAGAGGGAAAGAGAGGGGACCUUCUGCUCAAGUUUCUAGUUGAAUUUCCAUCAGAACUGAGCGAAGAACAACGAUCCGAUCUGGUUAAUAUUUUAGAUGAUUGUUAUGAUGUUGAGGAAGUACAAUCUUAG